AUGGUACCGGCUUCCAGCCCCCUCGUCGUCCACCACCUUCGCCGCCGCCCUACCGCAACGUCUGUUCCUAUCCCGUCAACAAGCACUGGCCAAACUGCCCAGAGCAUACAAAGGCAGGGAGGGCACAAGCCGUUUGGCGGCGGCGGCCACCGCAGCCUCAUGCAUCGCCCAACAUACCCCCACGGCAACCCGUCGUUUGACGGCCCAGGCGCUCGAAAUAUUGUCGGUGAACCAGGACCAUCAACAAUACUCGCCGCCGCCGAGUACCCACCCCAUCAGCAGGCGUCACCGCUUCAGCAACGCGCCGGCCACAGUCUCCAACAUUUCUCAACCCACAACCAUGCACCAGGACACUUUCGAAGCCAGGCUUCUCCCACAACCCCAGCACACUUCCCGGCACAAUAUUCAUCUCCAGUCGUCAAAGUGGAGGGCGGCUUGGCCCACGGGGCUUCGGCGCCUCCUUUGUCGGCCACCGGCGCCACAGCACCACCACCCCCUACGAUUAAAAGGGUCGGUGGCAAGGCCAAUGUGUCAAGUGCAUGCGGGCCAUGUAAACGGGCUCACCUUGCAUGCGAUGUGGCACGACCGUGCAAGCGGUGCGUCAAUAUGGGCAAGCCAGAACAGUGUGAAGACGUUCCACAUAAGAAGCGAGGAAGGCCAAAGGUCAACAGGACGCCGGUUGUGGAGCCAUACUCUAAUCCUCGUGCCCCACGGCAGCCUGCAGUGGACACUGGAUCGACGGGCAAGUGGAAAAACCCACCGCCAUACGAGUCGCAGUAUGUCACGACAACGACGAGCUCGUCGUCCCACGCUCCUGGGACGCUGGGGACAAGAUUACCUUCACCCCCGCGCACGGCCUCCCUCGGGCCCAUGGUCGGGAUGAGCCCGAUGGAAUCAGCGGCGUCGAUGAGCCCCUUUCACAAUCCGCCACCAGAGUCUCUACCAUCGUCAAACAUGGGAUCGGCACAAGACAAUCUCUUUACCCUCUUUUGCAGCACCGAGCUCAAAAUUCUACGAGCAACGUCCCUUGCACAUUCUCUGACUGGCCACCAUCUGCACGAGUUUGCAAACGUAAACUUGUUGGACUGGUUGCACCCGUCGGACCGGCACCUGAUAGAGAUGGAACGGAGCCGGCUCGUGACCGUUCCUUACCUUGCAACACAACUCCAAUCAAGUCGAGAAACGCACGCCUCAAUCAUGGUACUCGGAGAACGCGAACUUUCGUCCCCCGCCGACGGAAUGCGAGACCCAUAUCCUCAUCAGAAUGUUCGUUUUCUUCGAUCGGAUGGCAGUUUUGGCCAUUUCAAUCUUCGACUUCAUCUCGGCGGCGGCUUGGGAGGAUCACUUUGGCAUCCCGACAGUCUGGGAAAAAUCUAUCUGGUUGUUUCCUGUCUUCAGAUCCACGAACGCGACCUUCCACCAGAGGCCAGUGGACGUCGACAACAGCCGGUUCCGUUGACUCCCGUGACUCCAAUGGCGCCUCCUCCGGCUCACCAGCUGCCUGGAUUUUCCUCUAUUGCAGCUGCGGCCGACGCACCACCUCGUCCAGAGACGGCCCCGGCCAUGCCAACUACCCAAUCUCCGUAUGGCUACACUCGCACAGGUGUUUCGACUCCAGUGCCCGCUAUGCCGCCACAGCAAUCCUAUAAUAUUUACGCUCGGGCGCCAUCGCAGCCAUUAUACUCUCCAGUUCAACCUCCUGGUCGAAGCUCACCCUCGACGAGCCAGGCGGGUUACCCUCCCCCUCUUCCACGAACGCCAGUGUACGGCGAUCCCAGUGGGGCGUACGCCCCCCAACCUUCUGGGUAUUACCAACCGCCGCCACAAGCGCCGCCUUACGACCCAAACAUUCGGCGAGACCCGGGAGCCGACGAGUGGUUGAGACGAGGCGGAGCCUCUGGCUCCAUGCCUCUGCCUCCUCCGACAGCCACCGAUUACUCGCGGCGAACCUGGGAGCUUUGAACGCCAAGGAUCCAUGUCCCUGCGUUCCACGGUGCCUCGAGUGCGCGUUCCAUCAUUCUUUCGUCCUGGCGCGAACCAAUCCGCUGUUCAGGUUGCUGUUUGUUCAGCGCUACUUGCUCAUUGGGAGCUGCUGCUGAUGUGGCUCCCACCCCCUAAUACGCGCGCGGAGGGUUUGCAUCAGAUCCAGUAGACCGACGACGACAACAUGCCGGAGGGUCUUCUGCGCCGCCGCCGCCUCUUGUUUACCCUAUCCCUACGUUCAAGGAGUUUUAUCAUUUAGAUACCUUGCACCCUUAUGGCCCAUUCCCCUUUUCUCCGAUGUAAGACAUUGCAGGG